AGCGAAGUACGCGAGGAGUUGCAUUGCAUGUACAUCACUGCUGGACCUCGGGAGACAGCUUCUUCAGCUGACGGCCUGUAAUCGAAGAUGAGUGGCGUUGUGUCCCUGAGGUCAAUGACCCUGCUGGGACUCGGCAUUGUGUUCGGAGGGCUUGUUGUUGCCGGUAAGGGACCACGGAAGAACAAUUCAUGACUCAUCUCUGUAUGCUCCACUUGUGUGCGGCGCUGUGCAGCCUGGUCAUGGCCUUGGCGUCAGUUGGCCCUCACAUGGCGGUCUGCACGCGACAGACGACGGCUGUUGCGCCGUCUGCGGGCACUCCAGCGCGAUGUGCUGCUGCCCAGAUCCGCCAUCGUGCUCAAUGAGCCCCUGGACGAGCAAACCCCUACAACAUAUCGCUUCUCUGUGCUGCAGUUCAACACACUGGCCGACCAGUAAGCUGACUGACACGUAUGAUGGUGAAUCUGAGUGGUCACCAUGAUGAGAGGCUAUGUAUCGCCUUACAUGUGUUGUGUGUGAGUGCAGGUAUUCUCAGCAGGACAAUAACUUCGUGCAGUGUGAGCCGAGUGUGCUGGAGUUCUCGUAUCGGGGCAGCCUGUUGCUGGCAGAAAUCACACGGUAGUAUCGGUCGCGCUGACAUGAGUGUGAUCGAUGUAUGUGCACUGCCUCCCUGCCUCCAUUGGUGUCUGCAGCGAGCAGCCCGACAUUGUGUGUCUGGAGGAGGUCGACAAAUUCGACUUCUUCACAGAGCACCUUAAACGACUCGGUGUGCACCAACCAAACGAACCACAUGAUUCAAUGGCUGAACACACGUCAUGUGGCUGUGCAUGUGUGUGCAUACAGGCUACCUCGGUCAGUUCCUGCCGAAGCGAGAUGAGCGUCGGAUGGGGACGGCAGACGGCUGUGCCAUCUUCUACAAAGAGGACAAGUUCGCCGAGGUGCGCCACAAAGGAUUCUACUUCGAGGACGCAGCAGGCGGCACAAAGAUGAGCCAGGGGGCACUCGCACUCGAACUACAGAACACGCAAAUUGAGUGAGCAAAGUAGAGAGACUAUGGCGCAUGCUCAUGUGCUCGCUGUCUGUGUGUGUUCCAUUCAGCAAGCGUCUGUUGGUCGUGGUGACUCAUCUGAAGGCCAAGAUGGGCCACGAGGACGUCAGGCUCACCCAGAUACAGCAACUCAUCAAGUGAGCGCCUCACAGACGCCAUGCCACUUUCCUUCACACACCCAAGCACCAACUCCCUGUUGCUCUCUACUUUGGCUGCACUUCAUGCAGGUAUCUGCAGGCCGAGUGGGACCUCUUCGACCCAUCGGCGUUCGAUGAGACUCCCUUGCUCACAGCCAACAGCCAGCCCUCGCAGUCAGCCUCCAACCCCCAGGCUGCCCGUUCCCCGCCCGAUUCGCGCCCAUCGGAGCCCCCCUUCCCCUCAAACCGCCCAUCUGGCGCCGGCGACGAGAUGACGCGUGGGCCGAGACUGCCAGUCAUCAUCUGUGGUGGUAUGGUAUCACGCACACGGCACGCUGAUGGAGAGAGGAUGGAUGUUUCCCUGUGUGUGGUGUGUGAGCGUAGACUUCAACUCUGAGCCUCACGACGCGACGCCUCGGUGGCUCGAAAAGCACAAGUAAGCAAGCGGAGUAAAAGUUACCAGGUUCUUGCAGAUGUGAAGCCAUCCCUUUGCGCGUGUCUGCAUAUGUGCCUCUGUAGGGGGCUGGGACUGGUGUCUGUUUACGGCCAGGAGAGCACGUGGCCUCACCUGACCUACUCGACGUGGAAAAUCAGACCCAACGCCGAAGUGAAACGGGUCAUCGGUAAGACGCACACACACCCACCCACUUAUCCCCCCACGCACACGGCAGACUGAAGUAUUCGUUUGGGCACCGCACCGCUGUGUGCGUGUUUUUCUGGUCAGACUACAUCUGGACGAGCCCAUCAUCCUUGUGUCUGCUGAAGGUGUUGGCGGCGCCCCCACACGACCAGGUUCCGCCGUGCAGAUUCCCAAACGAGAGAUACCCGUCAGGUGGGUGAAUCACACAUACAUACUCAUGUACAUUUCGGGAGUGCCGGAAUCGGUCUGUAUGUCUCUUUGUGUCCGUGUGCAGACCACGUGUCUCUCUGGGCUGAGUUUUCCUUUCGCUAGCGUCACUCAUAAGUUGGCUGCUGGCACAGCUUUCCUUUGUAUGUAUGUGAACAUCUGUAUAUUGUAUCGGUUGUAUGUGGCCAUUUUUCGGCUGAAUGGCGUGAUGCAGAAACGCAGUGCAGUGAGGGCAGGUUGAGUCAUCUGACUGAGGGUUGGGCUAGUGGGCUUGGCAAAGUAUCCUUUGUACACAAUGACAACUACCUAGCAGAGCGCCCAGGAUGGAAUGGAAUUCUCGCCAUGAAUGAAUCGCCGAUUGCAGGGGGGGGGAGAAACUGUCAUUAACCAUAACACUCGUCUGUGUGUCCGUGAUACUCAUACAAAUACAGUCCCA